AUUUUAAUUUCUCUUCUUCAAUCAACCUCUUCCUUAUAGUGUGCUUCUCCUUAAUUUGUUCCAAUUUAAUUCAAUGGUGGACUGAUUGAUUAACCUGAAGCGCUCCUUCCUUCCUUCCUUCCUUCCUUCCUUCCUUCUUCUUUUACUAGACCAACUACAAUGAUCCUUUGAUUGAUGAUCAUAAUUUUCGAGGUUAACUAACACCACAAGACAAUGCUGCCUGUCUGCUCAAUCAUCACCACCGCCACCGCUUUUCCCUCCAAUUCUCAGAAGGCAUUUCAAGCUAAGUAUUUUAUUAUUCAACAGAGGACGACGAUGAUGAUGAUGAUGAUGAUGGGUGGAACUCCUCAUAUUAAUGGACUCUCUUGCAAAACUAAAGCUAUUAUUAUUGCACCACCAGGCCACUCUUCGGCUUUCACUCACUCCCUCAGUAGUAGUAGUAGUUGUAGUAGUAGUAGUACCGUUGUUACCAUGCCUCCUCCUCCUCCAUAUCAAUAUAAACUAGACUCCAUCAGCUUCCACUUGUCAGAUAAUUCUAAUUAUACACCAGACACGGCAAAUUACUUACAUUCCACAGGGAACAACAGUUACCUCAAGUUUAUAGACCUUGCCACUCAAUCCCUUACACAAGAUGAAGUCUUCACUCGAUCAUUCAACAAUCCUACUCCUACCUCCAUAUCUGAAGAAAAAACACUGCUUCUAGAUAACACUUUAUCUUCCACUGUGAAUGCCGAUGCCCUCUCCCCCUUUAAUGACUCUUUUAGUGCAUCACUUCACAAAGGACAGGAUUCCCUGAAAGACUCCCUUCAUACAAUCACUGCCACCAUAACCUCUACCCUCACUUCCCUUAAUGAAGCUGCAGAUAAUGUCAUCGGUAAAAUGACGUCCUCUCUUGAUCAAACAGGAGAGGUAGCUACUAGUAAGUUUACAGCAGUAGCCAACAACGUAAGGGAAGCCUCAGGCAAAGCUGGUGCUAUAACUGUUGAUGCUUUGAGGCAUUCGAUUAUUGUCAUAGAGGAUUCACUUGCCCAAGGCGCCAACUAUGUUGUUUAUGCUUACGAAUAUGCAAAAAGUACACUUCCUCCUCAAACCCAAAAUGUGCUCAACUCCUCAGAAGACACAGCUGUAGCAAUAUUCCGUCCAGUAGGGACACUUCUUCAACAGAUCUAUAUUGCCUUGGAGGUGCUAGAAAGAAGUGUUGGCUUGGAUCCAAGCGAUCCUAUUGUUCCAACUGCUCUUUUCCUUGGAACAUUAGCAACUUCAUGGGGGUUUUAUUGGUUCUUCACAUAUGGGGGAUAUGCUGGCGAUUUGUCUCCUAAAUUGACUUUUGAGCUCUUGUCAGGAAAGGAAAAUGUUGCUCUCAUAGAUGCCCGGCCUGAGGAUCUCAGGGAAAGGGAUGGAGUUCCUGAUCUCCGACGAGCAGCAAGGUUUCGAUAUGCCAAUGUAAUUCUUCCAGAGGUAGAUGAUUCUGUUAAAAAGUUAAUUUGGAGCGGAAAGGAUCUUGAAGAUUCUCUAACAGCUGUUGUCAUCCGGAAUUUGAAGAUUGUUCAAGACAGGUCCAAGGUAAUAGUUAUGGAUGCUGAUGGAAGUCGGUCCAAAGGCAUUGCCAGAUCACUGAGGAAGCUUGGAGUUAAGAGGGCAUACCUGGUCCAGGGUGGCUUUCGAUCCUGGGCGAGUGAAGGACUUCGUGUGAAGGAGCUAAAACCUGAGACUGCUCUUACUAUUCUCAAUGAGGAAGCCGAGGCAAUCCUAGAAGAAAUCAAGCCAACUCCUCUACAAGUUCUUGGCUACAGCGUGGCUCUCGUUGCAGCAGCGUAUGCAACCCUAGAUUGGGAGAAAACAUUACAAUAUAUUGGGGUCAUUGGCAUUGCUCAGACUAUAUAUAGAAGAGCCGCUUCUUACGAGAGUGCUGAAGACUUCAGAAAAGAUGUGAGGGUGAUUCUGUCUCCUGUUAGACUCGGGGGCGAAGCAAUUUCAUGGGCUGCUGGGAAAUGGGAAACAAAUGGCAUUGGUCUGCCAACAUCCCCUUCAUCCUCAGAUGUCCAGAACCGGGUGUUGCAGGCUGCUGCAAAGCAUGAAUCUCAGCCUUCCGAUGGGGAACAAGAGAAUCGAGCCUUGUCAACCGAUUCCACUGUUGAUUUGUCGGAGGCUUAGAGGUUAUUAUAAUUAUCCUGUUUCUCCUAUGAGUACCCAUCAAUACUGCAAAAAUAAUUGAAGCUUGUACAUUUGAAACUGCAUGCAGCCUUUUCUUUCUACAUACACCUUCUUUGGAUCUUUUUUUAUAUAUAUUAUUAUUGACUUGUUGUA